CUUGUCUUUGCUGAUCAAAAGGCUCGCUGAUGUGACUGACCUCUCCAUGCACCCAUCCCAACCAAGUAUGUAGUCAUUUGUACCCAAGUACCCACGUCCUUGGCUGUGUAAGUUGGAUUCAUACAAAUGAACAUCGUCUCCUCCAACUUAUUCCCAACCAGACUUUCUACCAGCUACCGUUCUAACUUCGACAAUAACUCCCUCUCAACCAUCGCUGCUCCGCUAUUGCGUGCUAUAUUGCAACACUAGACUGAAACAUGAUACAAUCUUGGACCAACUUAUAGAAGAGUAUAAACCACCGCCAACGUCUCCGGAUCCCGUCGUCUCGCCUUGAACAUACACCAGACAGCUCCGAUUUACUUCCCGCUAAGGCUUCGCUUCGAUAUCUUGGACCCAGAGCAAGUUUGAUAGUCUAGUCUUGUGUAAAGAAAAUAACUAUACAUAAUACUAUUCUUCUGCUGUCAAGUCGACCUCGAUCCAACGCCUAAGUUUAUCCUAACGUCUACAAACCACACAACCACACACCAUGUCUUCCGACCUAUCUUGGGAGCCUAUGUUCUGCCUUGCCUGUGACAGGCAGACUGACGGCGCUACCUACUGCUGCGAGUCUUGCAGGCUCUCCGACUUCGAGAAGACGUCUUCCACGACAAGCACGCCUGCCACCUCUCCAGGCCUUGCCAGCCCGUCCUCUUACAACUGGACGGCAUCGAAGCCUCAAUCCAAGUUCUUCUUACCUCCCGCCUACGACUUCAGUAACGCACAGCCCUACGGCUCAACUCCUCUACCUCAAUCGUACUUAUCCCAACGCUCGGAAUCGUCAUCCUCCUCGACCCGAGCCCUCACCCCAUCGAGCUCCCAUAGCAGCCUAUGUUCCCUCCGCAGUACUUCCUCGAGCACUGAAAGCACGCAAUUAUCAGAUAAGGCCAAGAAGCAAUUGAGGGACUACGCCAGCUCUUUCGAGCACGCUCGCCUUCAACAACAACGAAGACGAUCCUAUUAAACGUCGGCUAGACGAAAAAUCUACGUUUUCUACCUCCGAUGAACAUCUAUCCACCACUCCACUUGUUAUACCCAUUAAGCAUGU